GUAGUGGGUGGUCUCAGGCCGUAUUUUUCUGCUUGUGGUGAUUUUAUUAUUGUCAUACGCCGGUGAGGGCUCGGUUGAAUAGUCUCGCGGCAGCUGAAACGUUGGAGAACUUGUGCUUCUAUUCUCUGAAACCCGCAAGGAAUAGGUGGCAGUUGUUGGAGUUUCUCGGGCCAUGUUUGUCAGAUAUACAUAUUGAUUGUUUUCCGUCUGUAACACCUUUGAUCGUUCAGGCUCUUCACUCCAUCCACUCUAUAUUGUAUUUACUUGGCUCUUGGACCAGACAUGAAUAUCCGUUUCUCGUUUAACACAUUCAAUAGAAAACUAGCAGUGUAUGUUUAUGUUUCUUUGUUCCUGUCAUGACACUCUUGUGCUUAAGCAGGAGAUGUAUACAUAUGCUGCGGCAAAGGGGUGAAGAACCGUAGGCCGGCUGAAAGGAUAGCAGAUACUGCUUUCAGGUACAGUGAUACACGAACAUAAAAUUUGAGAUUGCGUGUCCACAAGUGCAACAAUCAGAAAUAUACGCACAAUCUUCAGCCAGCAACAUAAGAAUUGAGCUACACCAUCAGACAUUUUCAUUCUUGCCAUAAAGUAGAAGUUCCGUCUCAUUCAAGAUAAGGAUAUACAUGCAGAAAGGAAGAACUUUUAUUUUUUUAUCAGUAAAAAGAUGCCGGUAGGGUAUAGCUGUGGGACUCUCUCAUAAAAGAGGGACAAGCGCUCAUUAGUCAUUACCCUUUUGUCAUUCCUAAUGACUCCAUUGCUCUCCACGUACCCCAAGCGGGAGGGCUCUUUCUUUAAAUAAUCUAACGUUCAGGGGGUAUUAUGUAAUUGUGUCUUAGAAGGCCCCGCCAUCACCGCCAUCACUGGCCGUCCAAAGAGUCCCAUUGGGACCAGUACUUAGCGCCUCCAAGCUCCACAUUAUAUAUAUUUUUAUCUAUAUAAUCGCAAAGAAUUCGUGCGCUCUAAGAAAUCGGAGAGAGAGAGAGAGAGAAUGGAGACGAUGGUGAGAUGGGUGGCGGCCAUGGGGUUCUGGGUGCAAGGUUUUAGGUGCUUCCCUUGGCUUGGGGUCAGCUACUACCUCAAGGAUGGCCUCCGCGUGGCCCCAUCCUCUUUGCAGCUGCUUCAGAGCUCUGCCAAUGCUCCCAUGGUCGCAAAGCCUCUUUAUGGCCUGCUCUCUGAUUCCCUUUACAUCAGAGGCGAGCAUCGCCUCCCCUAUGUCGCCAUCGGUGCUCUCUUGCAAGCCAUUUCCUGGUUGGCAAUUGCCUUCCUCCCUGAGUCUUCCACCUCCAUUGCUAUCCUCAGCUUCUUCCUCCUCAUUGGCAACCUUGGUGCAUCCAUUGCAGAGGUUGCCAAUGAUGCUAUAGUCGCAGAAGCAGGGAAGCAAUCACAGUACCCAUCUGGGUCUGGCCAACUCCAGUCAUUUGUGUGGAUGGCUGCUGCCUCUGCAGGUGUCCUUGGCAAUCUCCUUGGUGGCAUUGCCAUUGACCACAUCUCUCCGAGAACCAUGUUUGCCUUCUUUGGCCUCCUCCUUGUCCUUCAAUUCUUUAUAACAGGCAGUAUUCCAGAGAGGUCCCUCAAUCUCCCAAAGAAGAAAGGCCAAUCAUCAAAUUCAUCCGAUCUUCGAAAACAGAGUUCAGAAAUAUUGUUUGCAUUGCGUAAGCCAGAGAUUUUUUAUUCAAUCCUCUGGUUCUUUGCAUCAUUUGCAAUAGUCCCAGUCCUUGCUGGCACAAUGUUCUUUUAUCAGACAGAACAUCUGCACCUGGACUCAUCAGUCAUAGGCUUCUCCAAGGUUUUUGGACAGGCCGCAGUGCUGAUUUGGAGUGUGGCCUAUGACAAGAAAUUUAAGAAAACUUCAGUCAGGAAGUUACUGUCAGUAUUGCAGGCAUCUAUUGCUCUUAUCAUGAUAUCUGACGUGCUGUUUAUCAAGGGAAUUUAUCGGAGCAUCGGAGUUCCAGACUCAUUGUAUGUAGUCAUCUUCUCAGGGUUGCUUGAAGCUCUGUUCCAGUUCAAAAUUCUCCCUUUCAGUGUUCUUCUGGCUAGUCUUUGUCCAGCUGGUUGUGAAGGUUCAAUUAUGGCUUUUCUCAUGUCAGCCAUUGCGCUGGCAAUCAUUGUAAGUGGGUAUCUUGGAGUUGCUCUUGCUGCAUUCAUUGGUGUUUCCGAAAAGGAUUUCAGCGGCCUGAUACCUGGAAUCCUCAUUCAAACAGCAUGCACAGUGCUGCCACUCUAUUGGUCAUCAUGGAUCCCAGUUAGUGACAAACUAGAGAAAAAAGAAUGAUACAAUGCCCCCACCCCAAAAAAAAAAAACAAGAAUACGAACAUUCUUUUCAUUGUUUUUUUAGUUGAUACAACCAAGAACCCAUAGCUCUUGUGCUUCAGCGGUAGCCGGAGAAAAAUGAACAAGGCAAAAUCUUGAUUCACAAACCUUAUUCAGUUUGUUGUUUUGUGUCUGUUGUUUCCGAAAGUUGUUCAUUAGUGUAAAUUACAUAUUGCUAGUGACAAUGUACAGAACUACAUCCAUAUUGAUGGUGAUGUAUUUGUUGUGAAGCUUUCUUUGAAUCAAUAAAUCAUGUAUUUUUCUGCA